UGUGUGUGUGUCUCCGUGGAGUGAGAAUGUGUAGAUAGAUGUUCGAAAGGAGUGAGAGAUAGCCUGGAAGUGGACGGACAUGCACAAGAUUCGAAAAGAGUCACAACAGACAGUUCGCUAUCCGAUUCCUGCACGAUUCACAAAGGAUGUCAACUGAAAAUAACCAUAGUUCAACUUGAGGUGCUUUUUUUUUUUUUUUUUUUUUUUGAAGUGAAGAAGAAUAGUAUACAUUUACUCUGUCCCAUCUAUGGAGGAUCCUACUGUAAUGGAGGAGAGGGUAGAGGACUCGGCCAUUACUACCUCUAUCACCACAUCAAUCCCAUUUGACAGCGUCACCAUGGAGCCGGGCCUGGCCAACGAGGAUGUGGUGGAGGACCAAGCUGUAGCCAUGACAGACAAGGAUGCAAGCUUAACCAUCAUAGCCAUGGCUUCAUCCACUGACACCAUAACAAACACUGAAGUCAACCUAGCUAUGGCAUCAUCCACACACAGUGAAGUGAACUUAGCAAUAGCUUUAUCCACUGAUGUCAUUACAAACAAAGAAGCGAGUGGAACCAUAGCCGUACCCAUGGAUAGUGGGAUAAACUCUGAUGCUAAGCCAGCUAACACACCCAUAGUAUCAGCAUCUUUAUCACCAGCUGCCACUGUGACAAACACUGGUGCCAACCCAGCCCUCCCCUCACCAUUUUCAUCAUCUGCUGCCAGUGGCCCAGCCCCCGGAGGCCUGCAUCCCGAGGAGGAAGGCCUCUCAGCGAUAAGCUCAUGUGGUGGUGUGGGGGUCACUCUGGAGAACAGCAAUGUCUGGAGGGAGUUCCACUGCUGUGGAACCGAGAUGAUCCUCACCAAACAGGGCCGGCGCAUGUUUCCCUACUGCCGCUAUCGCCUGACGGGUUUGGAACCAACACGUCGUUACUGCUUGGUCCUGUCAAUCACCCCCGUCGACACGUACCGCCAUCGCUGGAACCUGAAGGAGUGGGAACCCAGUGGUCCUGGAGAACCACACACCCAGGCCUCAUGCCGACUCUUUCCCCACCAGGACUCAUCAGCCCUGGGGAAGGUCUGGAUGGCCAGCCUGGUCUCCUUCUAUAAACUCAAACUGACUAACCACUGCCUGGACCAGGAGGGACAUGUGUUGCUGCACUCCAUGCACCGCUACAGGCCCAGUUUACACGUGAUCCCCGUCGCAGAUGGAGAUGACCUUGGCUUUGACCCUAAGCUGCUUGACCUCCAGCUCCUCGGCCCGGAGGUCAUGACCUUCACGUUCCCGCAGACCGAGUUCUAUGCAGUGACCUCGUACCAGAACACCAGGAUCACCCAGCUGAAGAUAGAUUAUAACCCCUUUGCUAAGGGCUUCAGGGAGGACAGCGGCAGCCCGCGCCUCGCAAAGCCCAGGCCGGAGCACCCUCAGGCGGGGAAGGGAGAUAUCCGCUCCCCUGGUCGUAGCACUGCUAGGUCCAAUGGUGGUGAGGGGACUGAGCAUAUUGUUACUGUAAACGAUGUUGUGGCUGAUAUCAGCAUGAAGAAACGUUCUCUCCCUACAACUCACCCUGUGGGGGAAGUCUCAGGGAAGUUGAGGAAAGUAGCUCCUGGUAGAGCAGAUUCAGAUGCCAAUCAGACUGAUGUGUCUGCCAGUGAAGAGGGGAUGGAUCUGGACUACAGUGACCAUGUCUUCCACAGGCAGUACCUCCGAGCCCAGCUAGCCCUGCCCUCAGGAGCCUCCAGGCCAGAAAACAGCCCGGGGGCUGGGGGGGAGAGACUGGGUGCUGGGAUGGACCACUCCAGACAGGCCAGCCUGACUGCUAACCCUCAGAAUACUACACAGUCUACUGUGUUACACACAAACAGAUGUUCAAAGCCUUUAAAACGUUCCACUGUAGAACCAAUGGACUCUGAGGUUCCGCCUUCACAGAAGGUUCCGCUUGUAGAGCCAACCAUGACCGUACCCAUUUCGCUUACAGAAACUCAGGAGGAGAAGGUUGCGAGCUUAACCCCUAAAACAUCCAAACCUCAAAAGAUUGCACCCAAGCCUUUUCCUACCCCCUCACCUCUGACCCCCACUGCGUCCCCCUUUGCCGUUCCUAAGCCAUGGAAGAAGGGGCGUAAACCGGGGGGCAAUCGGUGGGGCAGUGUCGGAAAAGUCUCUAAGGGUACCAAGGCGGCGACAGCGGCUGUCACUGCAACUAGCAGCCCAAUACCUGUUGCUAUGCAACCGGAACUGGAUGACGUGGAGGGUCUACUUUUUGUGUCCUUCACUUCCAAGGAAGCUCUUGGUGUCCAUGUGGAGGACAUGCCAUCCGAUAACACAUCACCAGUCACUCAGGAACAGCCAGAGAAAACUGUACUGGAGAGUGUUGAGGAGAAGAUUGCAGUACUGGAGAGUGUUGAGGAGAAGAUUGCAGGUCUGCAGACUAUCUUACUGCAAGACCUAAACACACUCAAACACAGACAGGUCAUCCACCCUGUCCUACAGGAGGUUGGGCUGAAGUUGAGCUCCCUGGACCAAGGCCUGGCCAUCGAUCUACAGUAUCUGGGGGUGCGUCUACCGCUGUCUCCGCCUGUGUUCACUGGGCUGGGCAGCACUACCUCCACUGAUGGAAGCAGGUCCUUUGUCUCCAGGACGGGGAAGACCAGUGACCUGACCAAGAUCAAGGGCUGGAGGGACAAGUUCAUCAGGACCAAAGAGACCUCUAAGAACCACAACCCCAACCGCUCGGCCUUCUGCAGCGAAAUGCUCGACCAAUACCUGGAGAGCGAGGCCCAGCGAAUCAGCGACCGUGCUGCUGCCUUCUCCCACAACCCCCCUGGGCUUAGUCGCCUAUCAGCUGCCUGUGACCAGCACCAGCUAUGUGCGGACCCUCGACAGUGUUCUGAAGACGCGUGCCCCCCCGUCCCCCGCCUUCUGUAGACCCUGCCCCCUCUC